ACUGAUUCAUAAUUUUUAAAACUCCUUGCCCUCGGGCGGGAAAGAGGAAAAAUCCGACUCCUCUUGUAGUCUCUAUUCCUAGUCUAGCUUCUGCCACAAGCUUCUUCUUCCUCCUCGUUCAGUUUUUCUUCUCUCUCGUCAAUGGCUCGAAACAGGGAGACCUUGCUAUUGUUGCUCGAUGUGGGCCCGUCAAUGCACAAGGUUCUUCCGGAACUUGAAAAGGUCUGCUCUAUGCUAGUAGAGAAAAAGCUGGUAUACCAUAAAUCUGAUCAAGUGGGUAUCAUUCUGUUUGGAACUGAAGACACAAAAAAUGAGUUGACAAGGGAAGUGGGGGGAUAUGAGCAUGUGGUGGUCUUACAAGAUACCAAGGUUGUUGAUGGAGAUCUUGUUGAAGCUUUACAACAGCUCCCUCGAGGAACUUUCAAUGGUGAUUUUCUUGAUGCUAUAAUUGUUGGGAUGGAUAUACUGAUAAAGAAGUUCGGAGAAACGGACAAAAAAAAGAAACGCCUUUGCCUCAUAACAAAUGCACUGUCUCCUGUUAAAGAUCCAUUUGAAGGAACGAAAGAAGGUCAAGUCGUCACCAUCGCGGAACAAUUGGUUAGACAUGGCAUGGGAAUGGAAAGUAUAGUUGUGAGAGAGAGGCUUAAUGGGACUGCAACUAAGAGAAUAAUGGAUGAAAAUGAUCAUCUAUUGAAUAUAUUUGCAAAGAAGACAUCUGCAAAGUUGGUGUAUGUCGAAAGUCCAACAUCAUUGCUUGGUGCACUUAGAACUCGAAAUAUAUCUCCAGUUACAAUAUUCAGGGGUGAUCUUGAACUAAGCUCCAAAAUGAAGAUUAAGGUGUGGGUUUACAAGAAAACUUCUGAAGAGAAAUUUCCUACUCUGAAGAAAUAUUCUGACAAAGCACCUCCAACUGACAAAUUUGCUACCCAUGAAGUCAAGGUAGAUUAUGAGUACAAAAGUGUUGAAGAUCCUAGCAGAGUUGUACCUCCAGAGGAAAGGAUCAAAGGAUAUCGUUAUGGACCUCAAGUGGUUCCUAUAGCUCCUUCUGAAUGGGAUGCUGUUAAGUUCAAACCAGAGAAGAGCGUAAAACUUCUAGGAUUUACUAAUGCUUCUAACAUAUUGCGCCACUAUUACAUGAAAGAUGCCAAUGUUUUCAUUGCUGAUCCGGGAAAUACGAGGGCAAUUAUUGCGGUUUCUGCCCUAGCAAGGGCAAUGAAGGAGGAAAACAAGGUGGCAAUUGUACGUUGUGUUUGGAGACAUGGGCAGGGGAAUGUCAUCGUAGGAGUUCUGACACCCAAUGUAUCUGACAAGGACAAUAUUCCUGAUUCGUUUAACUUCAAUGUGCUUCCCUUUGUUGAGGAUGUUCGGGAAUUUCAAUUUCCCUCUUUCAACAAUUUCCCAGCAUCAUGGCAACCUAAUGAACAGCAGCAAGAGGCUGCAGAUGACUUGGUGAAGUUGCUUGAUCUGGCACCAUCUGGCAAAGAGGAAGCUCUGCAGCCUGAAUUUACACCAAAUCCUAUUCUGCAGCGUUUUUAUCAUCAUCUUGAUUUGAAAUCGAAGCACCCAGAUGCAGCCAUACCUCCACUUGAUGAAACCCUCAAGAGGAUAACGGAACCUGAUCCAGAACUAUUUUCUCUAAACAAGUCUGCUAUUGAUGCGUUUCGAAGGAGUUUUGAACUCAAAGAUAAUCCAAAGCUGAAGAAAUCAACUCGGAGAAUUUUGCGAGAAAAAACUUCUGGAUCAAACAUGGGAAAGGGUUUUGCUGACAUUUCUGUUCAAUCUCUCAAUUCCAUUGAAAAUACGUCUGCAGUUAAGAUUGAGAUAAUUGGGGAUUUGACCCCUGUCCAAGAUUUUGAAACCAUGAUGUCACGCAGAGACAGUCCAGAAUGGAUUGGUAAAGCAAUCAAGGAUAUGAAAAACAAAAUAUUUGACUUGGUGGAGGAUUCCUAUGAAGGGGACAAUUAUCCUAAAGCACUGGAAUGCCUAGUUGCCCUUCGGAAGGGUUGCAUCCUUGAGCAGGAACCAAAACAAUUCAAUGAUUUUCUGCGCCAUCUUUGUAAGUUCUGCCGGGAGAAGAACCUCAGUAGUUUCUGCGAAUUUCUUACAUCCAAAGAACUCACCCUAAUCUCCAAGACAGAAGCCAUAGACAGUGAAGUUAGUGAUGAUGAAGCCAGGAGUUUUCUAGUCAAAUCAGACACAAAAGUUGAGUGACUUGAGUGGAGAAAUUCUCUUUUCUUGUAGACUAUUCCCAUGUUGAUGCUAAUCAAAUUUACUAUGAAUGGGGAUUUGCUGUAAA